AUGGAUCAACCUUCAGAAACGGCUGAAUUCAGUGCAUUCCCAUACCAGAAGCUAUUUCCCAACCCAGACAUUUACCAAUUUGUAAAGAAUAAGGCCGUCUCUGUUGGAAGCUGCGAAGGAUAUUUUAUUCCUUUGUUGCUAACAACUACAGGAUUCAUACUGGCAUCCAACAACGCUCAAGUUAACAUCACUACACACAAGGAACCACUAAACAUAUUUACUAUACUUGUGGGAUAUCCCGGAAUGGAAUCGAGCAACACGAGUCUCGAAGAUGUAAAGGGAAUUCUAGACAACAUCCAAGAUACCAUUGCAAGAAUCUUACAUGAAAAUGGUCAACUCAGAGACGAAUUGAAAGAACUUAGAGCAUCUUUGAAAUCGAAAGACCGCGAGGUGCAGAGUUUACAAGAAUCGUUGUCGAAAACAUGUGAACGAAACAAGGCUUUGGAACUGGAAAUCAACGCGGCAAAAGUUAAGAUUAAUAAACAAGACGACGAAAUAUACAACUUAUGGGAUAACCUUGAUAGCUUAGAACAAUAUACAAGAAAAAACAGCUUGGAAAUCCAUGGUGUCCCAAAAGAAGCGUACAGCUCCACGGAAGAGGCAGUCCUCGCAAUCGCCAAUGCGUUAGAUGUUGACAUUUCAUCAAAUGAUGAUAUAGACAUAUCGCAUCAUCUUAAAAGAAGAAGCAGCAAUACCGCAAUUAUCGUUAAGUUUGCAAGGCACAAAGUUAACACCAAACUAUAUAAAGCAAGAACAAGGCUCAAGACAGUGAAAAUGUCAAGUGUAUUUCCAAGAUGCCCUGUAUCCAUUCCAGAGUUUAAAGAUCUCAUCUUUAUUAAUGAAAACCUCACAGGUCACAGACACUGUCAUGGGUCAAGCAAACAAGAUGCGGAGAGACGGUUUACGUCUUAGCUGUUGGUCCUUGGACGGUAAGAUAUUCGUAAAAACAUCGCCUGAUGGAUCCCCACCGGGAUCUUUAGUAAAAAUGAUCUUAAAAAUUUGUAAUUAACUGUUUUGCGGAGAUCUUACAAAACUGUAAAUAUCGUAUCGAAGUGGAAGUUUGCAUAUUUUGAGGGAAAUGAGAUCGAACGGGAAGGAGGAAGAGAGGCUAGCACUUUUUCGCUUUGCUUCCCUUCCUUUACAGAA